UCUAGAUACAUAUGCUAGCACUCCUUUGUGUGUUUAUGAUAAUAUGCAUGUAGAAUAUACAUAUGCUAUUUUCUAUCUUUCUGGGUGUUUCCAUUUAAAGAAAAGUCUCAAGGAUAAGUCAGGUUAUAAAAAGCUCAUGCAAAGUUUAUUCAGCAGUUCCCAGGGAGUCCAGGUACAGCACUGCACAAUGCUUGGAAUUUGGAUUCUUGCACAUUUUCUGCUUGGGUCAGUCAGAGGAAAGGAAGUUUGCUUUCAAAGGCUUGGAUGCUUCACAGAUGCCAAGCCAUGGGGUGGAACUAUAGAAAGACCAGAGGCAAAGUUACCCUGGAGUCCAGAAGCGAUAAACACUCGCUUCCUUCUUUAUACAAAAAAGAAUCCUGAUAGCUUUCAAGAAAGACCUAUCACUAUCUCUGCAAUAAAUCCAUCAACAAUUGGCAACUCAAAUUUUAGUCCAAUCAAAAUAACCCGUUUGAUCAUCCAUGGAUUUGGAGACCAAGGAGAAGGAAACUGGCUGAUGGACAUGUGCAAGAGGAUGUUUCAAGUGGAAGACGUGAACUGUAUCUGCAUAGAUUGGAGUGGUGGGUCAUCAACCCUGUAUAGUCAGGCAUCAAACAACAUCCGUGUUGUGGGCACUGAAGUGGCUUAUUUUAUCAAUAUACUUAUGGAAUGAUACGGAUACUCUCCUUCCAAAGUCCAUUUAAUUGGCCAUAGCCUUGGAGCACAUGCUGCGGGGGAAACAGGGAGGAGGAGGACAGGCAUUGGAAGAAUAACUGGUAGGUUAGUGAAUUACACCUCAGUCUAUACCAGUGAAGAAUAUGAAGAGAUC